CCAGCAGGAUGACCUCCAGCAACCUGGCCAUCUGCGUCGGGCCAAGCCUGCUGAGCCCACCCAACGAGGACCUGCUCCCGCUGGAGGCCAUGCUGGAGGUGACUGAGAAGGUGAAACGGCUGGUGCAGUUCAUGAUGGAGAACUGCAGGGAACUCUUUGGGGAGGAGGCAAGGGAGCUUUCCAGCCCGCCAGCCGAGGAGUCGCCAGCCCCCACGGAGAGAUCCAGAGAGCUGCGUUUGGAGGAGCAAAGUGUCCCCGCAGUCACAGCGGACACCGAGCGUCAGGCAGCAGCCUUGCCGCGUGCACCCCGCUCUCUGCUCGGUGUCCUCAGAGGAGCUGGGGGAGACACGGUGCUGGAGGCUGAAACGGCAGAGGCACCUCCAGCUUUGCCUCCAGCUGCCCCCGAGAGCGCGGCAGACUCCCUGGGGCGCCCAGAAGCACUGGCGAGCCUUCCAGGGGACAGAAGGUUUGCAGGCUCUCCCUGGGACAAGGAGAACACGAGCAGAAACGAGAAGAGAAAAGAGGCCUGGGGAGAGGAGAGCAAAGGCCAGCCAGCAAAGAAGAGGAGGAAGAAGAGAGGAAACGUUUUGGGGCAUGGAAAGCAGAAAAGGUGCGGGAAGGCGCAGCAGGUCAGGAAGCCCAGGUGCAGAUUCAUUUUCACCGGCUGAACCGCUGUGACUCCUGGCCCCCCCGAGCUGACGUCCACAAUAAAAUGAUCUCUUCUCCCUCCUGACUGUGUCUGCCAUAGGCUGUUGUGGAGUGGGGAGCUGUUGUUUUGUGCUGAGUCCUCGGGGGGGAGGAGCUUGGGAUCGUCCCUUGUCCCAGCAUCCUUUCCAGCGGGCGUCAGGGCUGAGCUGAGGCGCUUUAGGAGCAAAAGCAAAGCACCGAGUCACGCAGGAGGGCGGAGGUUGGAAGGGACCUGUGGAGGUCCUCUGGCCCGACACCUGCUGAAGCAGGCUGGCCUAGAGCACGUUGCCCAGGACAUGGUCCUGGUGAGUUUUGGGUAUCUCCUAGGAGCAGCGCCAUGAGGGCAGAGCGAGGGCAAGACGUAGGCAGGGCACGGCGGCCAGGAAGGGCUAAAGGUCCCUAUGCAGCCACCGUCACCCGCAGCUUGCUGUCCCCUGCAGCCAUCCUCCCUGCAUGCUGACCGUCGGGCAGUUUCCUCAGACCCCCCCCCGCACGGAUGGCACUGGUAGAGAUUAACUUCCACGCUGGGCGCCCUAAAU